AUGUUGCCCUCAGCGAGGAAAGAUGGAAAAAAGCGGCAGCAGGAUACCCUUUGCAAACUCCUUGCCGAAACUAAAUACCAAGUCUUCAACAUCACAAAUGCGGCAAAUACCUUUUAUGAUACAGGUAUCAGAGUAUUAUUUCUUCUACUGGUUGAUUUUGAUUUUCAGGAUAUCUUAAGAUUCUUCCAUGAUUUGGAAACAAGUUAA